UCUUUCUCCCUCUCCUUCGAGACAUCAGGAGAGCCAUACAUUUGAUCAUUUUGAUUCUGAGCUGUCUCAGCAUCUGUUGUGGUGAAAAAAUAAAGGCAUACUGAUAACAGGAUUAACUGUGAGGGCUGAGGAGGUACUGAUGAUGAACGAAGACCAGGUGAUUAAGAUAAUCCAGAGAUGGAGAAAUACUGAAGAGCAGGAUCUGAAGCCUGAGGACUACCAGCAGUUUGAGAACUUGGGCUCUGCCUGCCUCGCUGAGGGUGAAAGCGAGCAGCUCCUGAAAUUCAUACAAGAUGAGAAACACCAGACCAUGGUGAAAUCUCUGGCUUGUGUCCUCUUGGCGCCUCUUCUAAAUGAAGUAGUCAAAAAAACAGCGAGUCUGGAUCACUGCCAGGCUGCCGUUACACAUCUGGCCAAAACUUGCAGGCCAAAUGAACUCCUGCACAGCAUGCUCAAACUCGUUGAAGGCACCGAUCCAGGCGCCAUUUCUGAGACGAUCCUAGCCCUGCUUCCCCAUCUUCAAACAGCGCUUCUCCGGCUGGACGAGGGGAGGGCAGCCUGCGUGGGCUCGGCUCUGCGGGCCCUGCAGGAGCAGCUGUCCCGCCUGCCCGUGCCUUACACCGAGCAGCAGGAAGAGGCCGACGAGCACGGGCUGUGCCGCUGCUGCGCCGCCUUGACUGCGUUCACAAAGCCUUUCGUGGAGGAGCUGAAGAGGAAGGAUGGAAACACUACAGCUGAAGAUGAGGAGCUGAGGACUGAGCUUCUGAAGUUCUGCAUGAGGAGCCUGAGAGAGCCUUUGCUUGAGGCUGAGCUCAACCCAGACAGGAAAUCACCACUGUGGCUCUUUGCAGUCGAGAUAAUGGUCACACUACCUGCAAUCAGAGAGCCUCUCUCGGGGCUCCUGUUCUUCAGCUCCCUGAGGAAAAACACCCCGAUGGACAGCAGCCAGUUCAAGGAGGCGAGAGCAUGUCUGGCUUAUCUGCUGUUUGUCCAGCUCAUAACCAUAGACAGCUUUCCAGCAGUGUUCAGUCAUGUGUUUAUUCUGCAGUGCAACAUGGAAUACAUCAAUCAGCUGCUCAGUAGCACGAAGGAAUCACAUGUGCUCAAAGGCCUGGCACUCUUCACCACAAGCUUGAAGCGUGUGCAGGACAGCAGCCUCCCAGUGAGUCUACUGGACCUGAGGAGCUUCUGUAGAGCCUCACAGAACCUGCGGCGAGUUCUUACGGACUGUCCCAUCCAGCGUUUGAGAGAAUCGGGACUGCAGCUUUUCCAGCUACUCAUCAAUAAAUUAGAAGCAGAAGCCAAGCACAAAUUCUUCAGGUGCAUGUUAAAAACCAGCAAUCAUGCAGGAGUAGAAAGUUACAUAAUCAAGAACAUCAGGAAUCAAUUUGAAUUUUCAACAAAGGGUAACGACACUGAGUGGUUCUUGGGAGCGGAGCUGAUCUCACUGCUCAGACUGGUGCUGUGUUUGCCCCAAGGUGCUGACACAGACCUGCUCAGCAGUAUGGACAGGGUGAUGGAGACCCUAAAUCUCCUACGAUACGUCCUCAUCAGAGACAAAGAGCUGAGAACCAGCGCAGAUGUGUGGGAAGAGCUGUGCAGGCUCAAAGACGAAUACAUAAAAAUGUUGCGUGUGUGCAUCGGCAUAUCAAGAGCGUAUUAUUCAUCUGAACUGAAAGCACUGAGGGAGGAUCAAAAGCUAAAAGCAAGAGAAGCCAGAGAUGCUGCCCGAUCCCUCGCUUCAGUCAAAGGUUUAAGCCUGAAGCACGAGAAAGUGUCCAGCAUGUCCCCGGAGGUCCAGCAGCAGGUGCUGCAGAGUGCUUUGGUGACAUUUGACCUCAUGGAGAGUCUCAUAGUCCGAAUCGAAGAGAUCACAGAGGAAAAGCUGAACAAACUAAACUGACCACUCAGUGUUCUUUCUGAUGCUUUUAUUUGGUUUGCUGUGUGUGGCUGAAUAAAGCGAGUACGCUCCUGAUACUGCACGCUGAAGCCUCUGCUCUUGUGCUAGCAUCAAAUAAAACCUGCCGCAUCA